AUGGAAGAUGUGUGCCUGUUGAAUGUUAAAGUAUGCUUUUUGCCGGACCGAAGUUUGGCCCCAUCGGUGUACUGCCAAGAUCUCCAGAAAGUAAGAGGAACAACCAGAGCCCAAUGGGAAGACGUUACCGGAUCAACUCCACUUACGUUUGUUAAUGAUUGUGUAUCCUUCACAACGACAGUUUCGGCCAGAUUUUGGCUAAUGGACUGCAGAAACAUUGGAGACGCCACAAAAAUGGCAACAGAGCUUUAUAAGGAAGCAAUCCAUGUUCCUUUCAUGGCAAAAUUCGUCGUAUUUGCGAAACGGAUAGACCCCCUAGAGGCCCGUCUCCGCGUCUUCUGCAUGACAGACGAUAAAGAAGACAAAACCCUCGAACAUCAGGAGCACUUUACAGAAGUUGCAAAAAGCAGGGAUGUGGAGGUACUCGAAGGCAAACCCCAGUACAUAGAGUUUGCAGGAAACUUGGUGCCAGUGACGAAGAGCGGAGAACAAUUGCAGUUCUCUUUUAGAGCGUUCCGGGAGAAUAGACUACCUUUUUCGGUGAGAGUGAAAGAUCAGCAUGCUGAAGCAGUCAGCAGAUGUUUGUUUAUGAAGGAAUCGAAGGUACCAAAGGGAGAACCUCCUCAACAACCGAUCUGCAUACUUAACAUAGUACUCCCAGACGAUAUAAUAUUUGAAACUAUAUCUUUAGCAGAUAACGACUCGAUUAAGAAGCACAUCCUUCUAUCAGAAAAUUUCGACUAUUACAGACCAGACCCCAGGUUAGCCGAUAUGAGCAACCUAUUAGGUGAAGACUGGGUACCUCUUGCCACGCAAUUGGGUCUAAGUCCAUCUGAAAUAAAUGUGAUUAAAUCAGAAUAUCCCGACAGUGUUGCAAAACAGGGACAGUCCAUGCUACGCAUGUGGCUGUCUCAGUCUGGUAACAAGGCCCAAACGAACAUUUUAGAAAGUGCCCUAAGAAAGAUAGGUAGGGAAGAUAUAAUACCUCAGUGCCUAAAUGUGGACCAAAAUGGUCAGACAAUUACCAGGAUAAGACAAGAGGAGAUAGGAAGAUAUAGACUGAAAAAAGAUAGUAGUUUAGAUAGGGACCGUAAAGAUAUAGGCACUAAAGCAGGAAGUGAUUCAAAUGAAACUUACAAAGUUCAUGACAAAUACUCUGCAGAAGAAAAAGCUGUAUCAGUAUCAGACGAAGAAGAAGACUUCAACAAAACAGUCACCGAACGGCGACAGCAAAUUGAAGAACGACUGUCGUCCGAAAGAACAAUUCCGGCAUCUUCACAGCGCGUUGAAAUUGUCCAGGAAAUUUGUUCUAUAAAACGACAAAGUCUCGUAGAAGACAAAAUCGCCGAGGUGCAAAAAAGUACGGAGGCGGUAAAACCACAACCAACCAUCAACACAGAAAUGUCGCCCGAAGGAGUCGUUUCGAAGACUACCGAAACUAUUACAAAAACCACAAUACCAUCUCAGUCGAUAGUCUCGGAAACGAUCGACGGGUCGACCGCGCAAGAUUUAAAAACAAUUACCACGACUAUAACCGAAACACGCACAACCCGAACAGAGGAAUACACGCACAAAACAGCUGAAGACUCUGAACUUUUGGAGGGAGUCACUAUGAGAUUUGAUGGCAAGAAGCCUAUGCCUAAAUUAUUGGCUGAUGAAGAUCCCAAAUCUCCCCACCUUUCGAAGACACCACCUCCGAGUCCUGCAGACUUUUUACUUCAAUCACAGGCAACCACAGUUCAAGCAGCAAGCGCAUCUCCUCAGGAUGAUGACGACUCUUUGGAUACUGAUGGUUUCCGCGAAGACCAAUAUCUUCUAGAGACUCCCACUCCGGGCGAGGAAGCCUCCCAGUUAGUAAAGUCAAGUUACAUAGGAGACUAUUCUAAUUUUCAUAAUAUAGACUUUCAAGAAGUCACUCCAUAUGAGGAUGUUUCUAAAUACUACAAGCAUCAGGUCAUGUUAUUGACUGGCCAACGCAAACGUUUAGCAUCUAUUGAAGAUUUAGAUACUGAUGUAGCAAAUGAAGAUAUUAAUUUGCCUUCCACUAGUUAUAAAUAUACAAAAGAUUCUAAAAUUACAUUAGAAAUAUUGAAACCUGAAAAGUUAUCGAUUCAUCAUUAUUUAUCACCAGAAGAGAAAGGCUCAAAAGACUCUAAAAAACCAGAGGAUUGGGAAAGAAAAGAGAAAAAGACUGUGGAGAGAUUACACGGUGGUGCAGGUAAAGAUAAAGUUCCACCAACAGAAGAAAAAAAUUACCUAAAAUCAAAAUCUGAUAGACAAAUAUCCCUAACCUAUAGUGGAAUAAAUACAGAAGGUAAUUCCUCGAAGGAUACAGAAAUACAAAUAUUUAAAAAGUCUAUUUCAAAUAGUGAAGACAUUGUUAAAAAUGAAAAAACUUCAAAAACACAACUUUCAUCCGAAAAAGAAACAGACACUACCGAACAAUUGGACCAAACUAACAUUGAUGGAAACAUAAAGCAAGUAACGCGAAGUACUUCUCCAUUAGCCAAAUCACAAAAUAAUAUUUCGCCUAAAACAGAACAACAUACUACUGAUUCAGAUAAACCCACCCUUGAACUUAUUAUUGGACGUAAGGAAGUACGUACUAAAGAGGCGCUAGCCACUGCAGAAAGUCGUUUAACGUUAUAUGGAACCAAGGACGUAGAAAUUUCAAUUAAAUCACAGUCACAUAUAUCGGUAACUACGAAAAGACGUGAUAAUUCUGGAAUGGAAACUUCCGAAAAAUUUGAUGUUGGUAUGUCUACCAAUGCAGGUAAUAAAGAGCCUGAAACGCCUGAUGAUAGCACCUAUGUUAAUAAACAGUAUGCUUAUAUAAUACCUCCAGUAAAACACGAGGAAAGAGAAGUAACACCUAAAAAACGCGAGGAAACCGUUAAUUUUAGUGGCACUAAGCAAGUGUAUACAUAUGAUAGUUCUAAAGAUAUUUCAGAUUCUCAGAUUUUUUCACCAGUAACUGAUGAAAGUAUGUCGCAUCAUAUUACAGAUACUGGUAUAUCUUUAACGAGGCGUACUUCGGAUACAUUAACUAGUCCUGUUAAACAACCACCUGGCAUGACGAUAAAUUUACCUACUACUGGAUUUGCAUCAGAUGGUGAUAUUGAAGAAUAUGAAUGUACUGAUGCAGGGUUAAGUCCAAUACAAGCUGAUGACAUUAUAUCACAUGAUUUGGAAGAAGAACUAACUCAUCUAACAGACACUGGAACAAGUCCUAUAGAGUUUCCAGAAUCCACUUCCAUUGCAAUUUCACAGAUUGAUACAUCAGAAGCUGGAACACUUACAGAUAACAUAGAAACCAAAGACGCUUCCUUAAGUCCUAUUAAACCAGAAGAAAGUUUGUAUUUAUCGGCUGACAAACUAAAAGAGGAAAAAGAUAUAUUGGUUUCUAGAAGAGCUUCCGGUGAGGUAAAGGCAAAAAUUAAAUUUUUAGAGGAUCAAUCCAAAUUGUCUUCUCCUCUCUUAAGAAAAAAACGAGAAUAUUUGGAUUCUGAAGAUGAUAUUUCUAGUAUGAAAGACGAAGAACUAAUAAGGUGUUCAACAGAAACAUUGGCACAAUUGGAUGAUGAUGAGUUUAAAACUGAAAUAGUUGAUGUAAACUCAGAAGCAAUUACUAUGGAUUUAUCAAAAAAACAAUUAGCAUUUUUACCCACUAAACAAGUGGGUAGAAAAAUUUCAGCUUUGCAAAAACUAUUUUCUGCCGAGACUGAAACACAUAAAACACCAACCAAUAAACUUAAAAAUGAUGAAAUACAAAGUACUUCAUUAACGCCUCAACCUUUUAAAUCAAAUAUGCCCAAAGAAGAAACCGUUAAAGAUGAAGACGAAAUGUCAAAAUCUGUACACGAUAGAAAACUUAUGUAUGAAAAUUUAAUUUCAAAAUCCUUGGAAAGCACCCCAACUAAAAAACAAAAACACGAGAUUAAGAAAGACAAAAACUUAACUGAAGAAGAACUUGCCACAUGCUUAAAAUCUAUUGAACAGCAAAUAAAAGAAGAAGAAAAAAGUUCAGAAAAAGAAAAGUCCUUACGACAUAUUACAAAGUUUAUGAAAGACUUAUUACAAACUCCAUCAGGACAACCUUGCAAUGAACCAGUAUGUCAAAAGGUUAUGAUAAAACCUAGAAUACCAGAUGACAAACAAAAUUUAGAAAAAUCUACAACUGAUCUUUCAGAAGAAUUAUCAAAUAUAAUUUUAGAUAAAUGUAACCUAAUUGAAAAAAUAAGAGGCCCAAAACCAAUAUCUGAAGCGUCUUGCAUAAAAGUUACAUUAGGUUUACUGUCACCACAGGAUGAUACACAAUAUGAUAAUAAUAUUUUAAUAAAAACAAAGCAUCAAAGUUUUAAAAGUGAAGUUAUCAAAGAGACAAAUUUGCACGAUCAAUCUCUUUUAACAACACCGAAAAACCGUGAAUCUAAAAAACAACAAAGUAUUUUAGUAAGUGAAAAUGUAAAUUUACAUCAACAAGAAAGCAAUGUUGCUCUUCAAAAUAGUUUAGACCUAAAAAAUAUAGAGGGAGAUACUAUUCAAUUAACAGAAGUAGAUGUUAAAAAAAUUAUGACAGAAAUGUUAGAAAUAUCAAAACAAAUAAGAGAAGAUGUAAAAGAACUUAAACCCGACUUGACACCAACACCCGAAGGGCAACUCAUAACAAUGCUUCCUUCCAGUUCAGCAAAACAACAACAGUUAAAUAAAAAUAUAGAAGAAACAAAUGCAAAACAAGAAUAUUCAAGGACAAAAGAAAUGUCUAAUAUAAUAGAAACUAAGCAGAUCAAUAAAAACAAUAUAAUACAUGUUGAAAUUUCAAAAACACAAAAUUUAACCCAUGAAAAAGUUAUUAAUUUUGAUGAAAAAUUUCUAUCUAAAACACAAGAAAUACCCACCCUUCAAAAAUUAAAAACACUUACCCAUGAAUCAUCAAUUACUAAAAAACCUUUAAGAGAAAUAAAAUCAUUAAGAAGCUUAGAUCAUAAAGUAAUUGAUCACGAAAAAUUACCAGUUGAUAAACCAAAAACACUCACACUUGAUAAAUUUUAUUCUGAUGACAAAUUUCCAGUUAAAAAUCAAAAAAGGCCUACACAAGAUACUUUAUGUCCCAUUGAAAAACCUUCUGAAGGCAUAAAAAGUCUUGAAGAUAAAUUAUUUGAUCCUAAUGAAAACAUACCAGUUCACAAACCAGUCACACCCACACAAGAUACAUUAACUCUCGAUAACAAAUUACCACUUGUAAAACCAAAAUCACUUGCACAUAAUACAUUAUUUUCUGCUGACAAAUCUUUUGAAGGCAUACAAAGCAUUGACGAUAAAUUGGUUGAUCUUAAAAAGGACAAGAAAAUGUCUCCUAAUGAUAAAUUACCAGUUAACAAACCAAAAACACCCAGACAAGAUACAUUAUCUCCCGAUGACAAAUUACAACUUAAAAAACCAAAAUCACCUACACAUGAUAAAUUAUCUUCUGAUGAAAAACUUUCUGAAGGCAUAAAAAUACUUGAUGAUAUAUUAGGUGAUCUUAAACAGGACAUAGAAAUGACUCCUAAUGACAAAUUACCACUUGAAAAACCAAAAUCACCAACACAUGAAAAAAUAUCUUCUGAUGAUCAAUUACCAGUUGACAAAUCCAAAACUUCCACACAAGAUACAUUAUCUCCCGAUGACAAAUUACAACUUAAAAAACCAAAAUCACCUACACAUGAAAAAUUAUCUCCUGAUGACCAAUUACCAGUUGAAAAACCAAAAAUUCCCACACAAGAUACAUUAUCUCCCGAUGACAAAUUACCACUUAAAAAAACAAAAUCACCUACACAAGACACAUUAUCUCCCGAUGACAAAUUACCACUUGAAAAACCAAAAUCACCUAUACAUAAUAAAUUAUCUUUUGAUGACAAAUUACCAGUUGUAAAAUCAAAAUCACCCACACAUGAAAAAUUAACUUUUGAUGACAAAUUACCACCUGAAAAACCAAUUUCACCUACACAUGAUAAAUUAUCUUCUGAUGAAAAACCUUUUGAAGGCAUAAACAGACUUGAUAAUAAAUUAGGUGAUCUUAAAGAGGACAUGCAAAUGACUUUUGAUGACAAAUUACCACUUAAAAAACCUAAAUCACCUAAACAUAAAAAAUUAUCUUCUUAUGACAAAUUACGAGUUGACAAACCAAAAACUCCCACACCAAAUACAUUAUCUUCCGAUGAGAAAUUACCUAUUAAAAAAUCAAAAUCACCUUCACAGGAAAAAUUAUCUAAUGACAAACUACCAGUUGAAAAACAAAAAUCAACUACACAUGAAAAAAUACCUUCUGAUGACCAAUUACCAGUUGACAAAUCGGAAACUCCCACACAAGAUACAUUAUCUCCCGUUGACAAAUCACCACUUAAAAAACCAAAAUCACCAACACAUGAUAAAUCAUCAUCUGAUGACAUAUUACCAGUUCACAAACCAAAAACUUCCACACAAGAUACAUUAUCUCCCGAUGACAAAUUAACUUCUGAUGAUAAAUUACCAGUUAACAAAUCAAAAACUUCAACACAAGAUAAAUUAUCUCCCGAUGACAAAUUAAUUUCUGAUGAUAAAUUACCAGUUGAUACAUCAAAAUCACCUAAACAUAAUAAAUUACCUCCCGAUGACAAAUUACCACUUGAAAAACCAAAAUCACCAACACAUGAAAAAAUAUCUCCCGAUGACAAAUUACCACUUGAAAAACCAAUAUCACCUACACAUGAUAAAUUAUCUCCCGAUAAAAAAUUACCACUUGAAAAACCUAUAUCACCUUCACAUGAUAAAUUAUCUUCUGAUGACAAAUUACCAGUUCACAAACGAAAAACUUCCACACAAGAUGACAAAUUAAAACUUGGAAAACCAAAAUCACCUACACAUGAAAAAUUAUCUCCUGAUGACCAAUUACCAGUUGAAAAACCAAAAAUUUCCACUCAAGAUACAUUAUCUCCAGAUGAAAAAUUACCACUUGAAAAACCAAAAUCACCCACACAUGAAAAAUUAUGUUCUUACGACAAAUUACGGGUUGACAUACCAAAAACUUCCACACCAGAUACAUUAUCUCCCGAUAAGAAAUUACCACUUGAAAAACCAAAAUCAACUACACAUGAAAAAUUUACUUCUGAUGAAAAAUUACCAGUUGACAAACCAAAAUCACCUAAACCUGAUAAAUUAUCUUCUGAUGAAAAACCUGAAAGUAUAAAAAGACUUGAUUUAUUAGGUGAUCUUAAAGAGGAAAUAAAAAUGACUCCUUAUGACAAAUUACCACUUAAAAAACCAAAAUCACCCACACAUGAAAAAUUAACUUCUGAUGACAAAUUACCAGUUGAUAAACCUAUAUUACCUACACAUGAUAAAUUAUCUCCCGAUGACAAAUUUCCUCUUGAAAAACCUAUUUCACCUCCACAUGAUAAAUUAUCUUCUGAUGACAAAUUACCAGUUGAAAAACCGAAAACUUCCACCCCAGAUACAUUAUCUCCCAAUGACAAAUUACCAGUUGAAAAACCAAAACCAACUACACAUGAAAAAUUAACUUCUGAUGAAAAAUUACCAGUUGAAAAAUCAAAAUCACCUAAACCUGAUAAAUUAUCUUCUGAUGACAAAUUACGAAUUGACAAAUCAAAAACUCCCACACAAGAUACAUUAUCUUCCGAUGACAAAUUACCACUUGAAAAACCAAUAUCACCUACACAUGAUAAAUUAUCUUUUGAUGAAAAUCCUUCUGAUGGCCUAAAAAGGCAUGAAGAUAUAUUAGGUGAUCUUGAAGAGGACAUAAAAAUGACUCCUAAUGACAAAUUACCACUUGAAAAACCAAUAUCACGUACACAUGAUAAAUUAUCUCCGGAUGACAAAUUACCAGUUGAAAAACCUUUAUCACCUACACAUGAUAAAUUAUCCUCUGAUGACAAAUUACCAGUUGAAAAACCAAAAUCACGAACACAUGAUAAAUUAUCGUCUAAUGACAUAUUACCAGUUCACAAACCAAAAACUUUCACACAAGAUAUACUAUCUACCAAUGAUAAAUUAUCUCCCGAUGACAAAUUACCACUUGAUAAAUUAUCUUCUGAUGAAAAACUUUCUGAAGGCAUAAAAAGACUUGAUGAUAUAUUAGGUGAUCUUAAAGAGGACAUAAAAAUGACUCCUAAUGACAAAUUACCACUUGAAAAACCAAAAUCACCAACAUAUGAAAAAAUAUCUUCUGAUGACCAAUUACCAGUUGACAAAUCCAAAACUUUCACACAAGAUACGAAUUAUGAUGACAAAUUACAACUUGAAGAACAAAAAUCACCUACACAUGAAAAAUUAUAUUCUAAUAAAAAACCUUCUGAAGGCAUAAAAAGAAUUGAUGAUAUAUUAAUUGAUCUUAAAAAGAACAUAAAAAUAACUCCUGAUGAAAAAUUAUCACCUAAAAAACCAAAAUCAACAACACAUGAAAAAAUAUCUUCUGAUAACCAAUUACCAGUUGACAAAUCGGAAACUCCCACACAAGAUACAUUAUCUCCCGUUGACAAAUCACCACUUGAAAAACCAAAAUCACCAACACAUGAUAUAUUAUCGUCUGGUGACAUAUUACCAGUUCACAAACCAAAAACUUCCACACAAGAUACAUUAUCUCCCGAUGAAAAAUUAACUUCUGAUGAUAAAUUACCAGUUGACAAAUCAAAAACUUCCACACAAGAUACAUUAUCUCCCGAUGACAAAUUAACUUCUAAUGAUAAAUUACCAGUUGACAAAUCAAAAACUGCCACACAAGAUACAUUAUCUCCCGAUGACAAAUUACCACUUGAAAACCCUAUAUCACCUAUACAUGAUAAAUUAUCUUCUGAUGACAAAUUACCACUUGAAAAACUAAAAUCACCUACACAUGAAAAAUUAACUUCUGAUGAGCAGUUACCAACACAUGAUAAAUUAUCGUCUGAUGACAUAUUACCAGUUCACAAACCAAAAACUUCCACACAGGAUGCAUUAUCUCCCGAUGAGAAAUUAUCACUUGAAAAAUCUAUAUCAACUUCACAUGAUAAAUUAUCUUCUGAUGACAAAUUACCAGUUGAAAAACCAAAAUCACCAACACAUGAUAAAUUAUCGUCUGAUGACAUAUUACCAGUUCACAAACGAAAAACUUCCACACAGGAUGACAAAUUAAAAUUUGAAAAACCAAAAUCACCUACAUAUGAAAAAUUAUCUCCUGAUGACCAAUUACCAGUUAAAAACCCAAAAAUUUCCACUCCAGAUGACAAAUUACCACUUGAAAAACCAAAAUCACCCACACAUGAAAAAUUAUCUUCUUAUGACAAAUUGCGGGUUGACAAACCAACACCUCCCACACCAGAUACAUUAUCUCCCGAUGAGAAAUUACCACUUGAAAAACCAAAAUCAACUUCACAUGAUAAAUUAUCUUCUGAUAAAAAACCUUCUGAAGGCAUAAAAAGACUUGAUUUAUUAGGUGAUCUUAAAGAGGAAAUAAAAAUGACUCCCGAUGUCAAAUUACCACUUGAAAAACCAACAUCACCUGUACAUAAUAAAUUAUCUUUUAAUGACAAAUUAGCAGUUGUAAAAUCAAAAUCACCUACACAUGAAAAACUAACUUUUGAUGACAAAUUACCACCUGAAAAACCAAUUUCACCUACACAUGAUAAAUUAUCUUCUGAUGAAAAACCUUCUGAAGGCAUAAAAAGACUUGAUAAUAAAUUAGGUGAUAUUAAAGAGGACAUGAAAAUGACUUCUGAUGACAAAUUACCGCUUGAAAAACCUAAAUCACCUAAACAUGAAAAAUUAUCUUCUUAUGACAAAUUACGAGUUGACAAACCAAAAAUUCCCACACCAGAUACAUUAUCUUCCGAUGAGAAAUUACCACUUGAAAAAUCAAAAUCACCUUUACAGGAAAAAUUAUCUUCUAAUGACAAACUACCAGUUGAAAAACCAAAAUCAACUACACAUGAAAAAAUACCUUCUGAUGACCAAUUACCAGUUGACAAAUCGGAAACUCCCACACAAGAUACAUUAUCUCCUGUUGACAAAUCACCACUUGAAAAACCAAAAUCACCAACACAUGAUAAAUUAUCGUCUGAUGACAUAUUACCAGUUCACAAACCAAAAACUUCCAUACAAGAUACAUUAUCUCCCGAUGACAAAUUAACUUCUGAUGAUAAAUUACCAGUUGACAAAUCAAAAACUUCCACACAAGAUACAUUAUCUCCCGAUGACAAAUUAACUUCUGAUGAUAAAUUACCAGUUGACACAUCAAAAUCACCUAAACAUGAUAAAUUAUCUCCCGAUGAGAAAUUACCACUUGAAAAACCAAAAUCACCAACACAUGAAAAAAUAUCUCCCGAUGACAAAUUACUACUUGAAAAACCAAUAGCAGCUACACAUGAUAAAUUAUCUCCCGAUGACAAAUUACCACUUGAAAAAUCUAUAUCACCUUCACAUGAUAAAUUAUCUUCUGAUGACAAAUUAACAGUUGAAAUAACAAAAUCACCAACCCAUGAUAAAUUAUCGUCUGAUGACAUAUUACCAGUUCACAAACGAAAAACUUCCACACAAGAUGACAAAAUAAAACUUGAAAAACCAAAAUCACCUACAUAUGAAAAAUUAUCUCCUGAUGACCAAUUACUAGUUGAAAAACCAAAAAUUUCCACUCAAGAUACAUUAUCUCCAGAUGACAAAUUACCACUUGAAAAACCAAAAUCACCCACACAUCAAAAAUUAUCUUUUUAUGACAAAUUACGGGUUGACAAACCAAAAACUCCCACACCAGAUACAUCAUCUCCCGAUGAGAAAUUACCACUUGAAAAACCAAAAACUUCUGAUGAAAAAUUACCAGUUGACAAACCAAAAUCACCUAAACCUGAUAAAUUAUCUUCUGAUGAAAAACCUUUUGAAGGCAUAAAAAGACUUCAUUUAUUAGGUGAUCUUAAAGAGGAAAUAAAAAUAACUCCCAAUGACAAAUUACCACUUAAAAAACCAAAAUCAUCCACACAUGAAAAAUUAACUUCUGAUGACGAAUUACCAGUUGAAAAACCUAUAUCACCUACACAUGAUAAAUUAUCUUCCGAUGACAAAUUUCCACUUGAAAAACCUAUUUCACCUUCACAUGAUAAAUUAUCUUCUGAUGACCAAUUACCAGUUGACAAAUCAAAAACUCCCACACAAGAUACAUUAUCUCCCGAUGACAAAUUACCACUUGAAAAAACAAUAUCACCUACACAUGAUAAAUUAUCUCCCGAUAACAAAUUACCACUUGAAAAACCUAUACAUGAUAAAUUAUCUUCCGAUGAAAAAUUACCACUUGAAAAACCUAUACAUGAUAAAUUAUCUUCUGAUGACAAAUUACCAGUUGAAAACCCAAAAUCACCAACACAUGAUAAAUUAUCGUCUGAUGACAUAUUACCAGUUCACAAACGAAAAACUUCCACACAAGAUGAGAAAUUAAAAUUUGAAAAACCAAAAUCACCUACAUAUGAAAAAUUAUCUCCUGAUGACCAAUUACCAGUUGAAAAACCAAAAAUUUCCACUCCAGAUGACAAAUUACCACUUGAAAAACCAAAAUCACCAACACAUGAAAAAUUAUCUUCUUAUGACAAAUUACGGAAAUUACCACUUGAAAAACCAAAAUCGACUUCACAUGAAAAAUAUACUUCUGAUGAAAAAUUACCAGUUGACAAACCAAAAUCACCUAAACCCGAUAAAUUAUCUUCUGAUAAAAAACCUUUUGAUGACAAAUUACCGCUUGAAAAACCUAAAUCACCUAAACAUGAAAAAUUAUCUUCUUAUGACAAAUUACGAGUUGACAAACCAAAAACUCCCACACCAGAUACAUUAUCUUCCGAUGAGAAAUUACCACUUGAAAAAUCAAAAUCACCUUCACAGGAAAAAUUAUCUUCUAAUGACAAACAACCAGUUGAAAAACCAAAAUCAACUACACAUGAAAAAAUACUUUCUGAUGACCAAUUACCAGUUGACAAAUCGGAAACUCCCACACAAGAUACAUUAUCUUCCGUUGACAAAUCAACACUUGAAAAACCAAAAUCACCAACACAUGAUAAAUUAUCGUCUGAUGACAUAUUACCAGUUCACAAACCAAAAACUUCCACACAAGAUACAUUAUCUCCCGAUGAUAAAUUAACUUCUGAUUAUAAAUUACCAGUUGACAAAUCAAAAACUUCCACACAAGAUACAUUAUCUCCCGAUGACAAAUUAACUUCUGAUGAUAAAUUACCAGUUGACACAUCAAAAUCACCUAAACAUGAUAAAUUAUCUCCCGAUGACAAAUUACCACUUGAAAAACCAAAAUCACCAACACAUGAAAAAUUAUCUCCCGAUGACAAAUUACCAGUUGAAAAACCAAAAUCACAAACACAUGAUAAAUUAUCGUCUGAUGACAUAUUACCAGUUCACAAACGAAAAACUUCCACACAAGAUGACAAAUUAAAACUUGAAAAACCAAAAUCACCUACAUAUGAAAAAUUAUCUCCUGAUGACCAAUUACUAGUUGAAAAACCAAAAAUUUCCACUCAAGAUACAUUAUCUUCAGAUGACAAAUUACCACUUGAAAAACCAAAAUCACCCACGCAUGAAAAAUUAUCUUCUUAUGACAAAUUACGGGUUGACAAACCAAAAACCCCCACACCAGAUACAUCAUCUCCCGAUGAGAAAUUACCACUUGAAAAACCAAAAACUUCUGAUGAAAAAUUACCAGUUGACAAACCAAAAUCACCUAAACCUGAUAAAUUAUUUUCUGAUGAAAAACCUUCUGAAGGCAUAAAAAGACUUGAUUUAUUAGGUGAUCUUAAAGAGGAAAUAAAAAUAACUCCCAAUGACAAAUUACCACUUAAAAAACCAAAAUCACCCACGCAUGAAAAAUUAACUUCUGAUGACAAAUUACCAGUUGAAAAACCUAUUUCACCUACACAUGAUAAAUUAUCUCCCGAUGACAAAUUUCCACAUGAAAAACCUAUUUCACCUUCACAUGAUAAAUUAUCUUCUGAUGACCAAUUACCAGUUGAUAAAUCAAAAACUCCCACACAAGAUACAUUAUCUCCCGAUGACAAAUUACCACUUGAAAAAACAAUAUUACUUACACAUGAUAAAUUAUCUCCCGAUGACAAAUUACCACUUGAAAAACCUAUACAUGAUAAAUUAUCUCCCGAUGACAAAUUACCGCUUGAAAAACCUAAAUCACCGAAACAUGAAAAAUUAUCUUCUUAUGACAAAUUAGGAGUUGACAAACCAAAAACUCCCACACCAGAUACAUUAUCUUCCGAUGAGAAAUUACCACUUGAAAAAUCAAAAUCACCUUCACAGGAAAAAUUAUCUUCUAAUGACAAACUACCAGUCGAAAAACCAAAAUCAACUACACAUGAAAAAAUACUUUCUGAUGACCAAUUACCAGUUGACAAAUCGGAAACUCCCACACAAGAUACAUUAUCUCCCGAUGACAAAUUACCACUUGAAAAAUCUAUAUCAGCUUCACAUGAUAAAUUAUCUUCUGAUGACAAAUUACCACUUGAAAAACCAAAAUCACACACACAUGAAAAAUUAUCUUCUUAUGACAAAUUACGGGUUGACAAACCAAAAACUCCCACACCAGAUACAUCAUCUCCCGAUGAGAAAUUACCACUUGAAAAACCAAAAACUUCUGAUGAAAAAUUACCAGUUGACAAACCAAAAUCACCAACACAUGAUAAAUUUUCGUCUGAUAACAUAUUACCAGUUUACAAACCAAAAACUUCCACACAAGAUACAUUAUCUCCCGAUGACAAAUUACCACUUGAAAAAACAAUAUCACCUACACAUGAUAAAUUAUCUCCCGAUGACAAAUUACCACUUGAAAAAAUAAUAUCACCUACACAUGAUAAAUUAUCUUCUGAUGACAAAUUACCACUUGAAAAACUAAAAUCACCUACACAUGAAAAAUUAACUUCUGAUGACCAGUUACCAACACAUGAUAAAUUAUCGUCUGAUGACAUAUUACCAGUUCACAAACGAAAAACUUCCACACAAGAUGACAAAUUAAAAUUUGAAAAACCAAAAUCACCUACAUAUGAAAAAUUAUCUCCUGAUGACCAAUUACCAGUUGAAAAACCAAAAAUUUCCACUACAGAUGACAAAUUACCACUUGAAAAACCAAAAUCACCCACACAUGAAAAAUUAUCUUUUUAUGACAAAUUACGGGUUGACAAACCAAAAACUCCCACACCAGAUACAUUAUCUCCCGAUGAGAAAUUACCACUUGAAAAACCAAAAUCAACUUCACAUGAAAAAUUUACUUCUGAUGAAGAAUUACCAGUUGUAAAAUCAAAAUCACCUACACAUGAAAAAUUAUCUUCUGAUGAAAAACUUUCUGAAGGCAUAAAAAGACUUGAUAAUAAAUUAGGUGAUAUUAAAGAGGACAUGAAAAUGACUUCUGAUGACAAAUUACCGCUUGAAAAACCUAAAUCACCUAAACAUGAAAAAUUAUCUUCUUAUGACAAAUUACGAGUUGACAAACCAAAAACUCCCACACCAGAUACAUUAUCUUCCGAUGAGAAAUUACCACUUGAAAAAUCAAAAUCACCUUCACAGGAAAAAUUAUCUUCUAAUGACAAACUACCAGUCGAAAAACCAAAAUCAACUACACAUGAAAAAAUACUUUCUGAUGACCAAUUACCAGUUGACAAAUCGGAAUCUCCCACACAAGAUAAAUUAUCUCCCGUUGACAAAUCACCACUUGAAAAACCAAAAUCACCAACACAUGAUAAAUUAUCGUUUGAUGACAUAUUACCAGUUCACAAACCAAAAACUUCCACACAAGAUACAUUAUCUCCCGAUGACAAAUUAACUUCUAAAGAUAAAUUACCAGUUGACAAAUCAAAAACUUCCACACAAGAUACAUUAUCUCUCGAUGACAAAUUAACUUCUGAUGAUAAAUUACCAGUUGACACAUCAAAAUCACCUAAACAUGAUAAAUUAUCUCCCGAUGACAAAUUAUCACUUGAAAAACCAAAAUCACCAACACAUGAAAAAAUAUCUCCCGAUGACAUAUUACCACUUGAAAAACCAAUAUCAGAUACACAUGAUAAAUUAUCUCCCGAUGACAAAUUACCACUUGAAAAAUCUAUAUCACCUUCACAUGAUAAAUUAUCUUCUGAUGACAAAUUACCAGUUGAAAAACCAAAAUCACCAACACAUGAUAAAUUAUCGUCUGAUGACAUAUUACCAGUUCACAAACGAAAAACUUCCACACAAGAUGACAAAUUACCACUUGAAAAAUCAAAAUCACCCACACAUGAAAAAUUAUCUUCUUAUGACAAAUUACGGGUUGACAAACCAAAAACUCACACACCAGAUACGUCAUCUCCCGAUGAGAAAUUACCACUUGAAAAACCAAAAACUUCUGAUGAAAAAUUACCAGUUGACAAACCAAAAUCACCUAAACCUGAUAAAUUAUCUUCUGAUGAAAAACCUUCUGAAGGCAUAAAAAGACUUGAUUUAUUAGGUGAUCUUAAAGAGGAAAUAAAAAUAACUCCCAAUGACAAAUUACCACUUAAAAAACCAAAAUCACCCACACAUGAAAAAUUAACUUCUGAUGACAAAUUACCAGUUAAAAAACCUAUUUCACCUACACAUGAUAAAUUAUCUCCCGAUGACAAAUUUCCACUUGAAAAACCUAUUUCACCUUCAAAUGAUAAAUUAUCUUCUGAUGACCAAUUAACAGUUGACAAAUCAAAAACUCCCACACAAGAUACAUUAUCUCCCGAUGACAAAUUACCACUUGAAAAAAUAAUAUCACCUACACAUGAUAAAUUAUCUUCCGAUAACAAAUUACCACUUGAAAAACCUAUACAUGAUAAAUUAUCUUCUGAUGACAAAUUACCACUUGAAAAACUAAAAUCACCUACACAUGAAAAAUUAACUUCUGAUGACCAGUUACCAACACAUGAUAAAUUAUCGUCUGAUGACAUAUUACCAGUUCACAAACCAAAAACUUCCACACAAGAUACAUUAUCUCCCGAUGACAAAUUACCACUUGAAAAAUCUAUAUCACCUUCACAUGAUAAAUUAUCUUCUGAUGACAAAUUACCAGUUGAAAAACCAAAAUCACCAACACAUGAUAAAUUAUCGUCUGAUGACAUAUUACCAGUUCACAAACGAAAAACUUCCACACAAGAUGACAAAUUAAAAUUUGAAAAACCAAAAUCACCUACAUAUGAAAAAUUAUCUCCUGAUGACCAAUUACCAGUUGAAAACCCAAAAAUUUCCACUACAGAUGACAAAUUACCACUUGAAAAACCAAAAUCACCCACACAUGAAAAAUUAUCUUCUUAUGACAAAUUACGGGUUGACAAACCAAAAACUCCCACACCAGAUACAUUAUCUCCCGAUGAGAAAUUACCACUUGAAAAACCAAAAUCAACUUCACAUGAAAAAUUUACUUCUGAUGAAGAAUUACCAGUUGUAAAAUCAAAAUCACCUACACAUGAAAAAUUAUCUUCUGAUGAAAAACUUUCUGAAGGCAUAAAAAGACUUGAUAAUAAAUUAGGUGAUAUUAAAGAGGACAUGAAAAUGACUUCUGAUGACAAAUUACCGCUUGAAAAACCUAAAUCACCUAAACAUGAAAAAUUAUCUUCUUAUGACAAAUUACGAGUUGACAAACCAAAAACUCCCACACCAGAUACAUUAUCUUCCGAUGAGAAAUUACCACUUGAAAAAUCAAAAUCACCUUCACAGGAAAAAUUAUCUUCUAAUGACAAACUACCAGUCGAAAAACCAAAAUCAACUACACAUGAAAAAAUACUUUCUGAUGACCAAUUACCAGUUGACAAAUCGGAAUCUCCCACACAAGAUAAAUUAUCUCCCGUUGACAAAUCACCACUUGAAAAACCAAAAUCACCAACACAUGAUAAAUUAUCGUUUGAUGACAUAUUACCAGUUCACAAACCAAAAACUUCCACACAAGAUACAUUAUCUCCCGAUGACAAAUUAACUUCUAAAGAUAAAUUACCAGUUGACACAUCAAAAUCACCUAAACAUGAUAAAUUAUCUCCCGAUGACAAAUUAUCACUUGAAAAACCAAAAUCACCAACACAUGAAAAAAUAUCUCCCGAUGACAUAUUACCACUUGAAAAACCAAUAUCAGAUACACAUGAUAAAUUAUCUCCCGAUGACAAAUUACCACUUGAAAAAUCUAUAUCACCUUCACAUGAUAAAUUAUCUUCUGAUGACAAAUUACCAGUUGAAAAACCAAAAUCACCAACACAUGAUAAAUUAUCGUCUGAUGACAUAUUACCAGUUCACAAACGAAAAACUUCCACACAAGAUGACAAAUUACCACUUGAAAAAUCAAAAUCACCCACACAUGAAAAAUUAUCUUCUUAUGACAAAUUACGGGUUGACAAACCAAAAACUCACACACCAGAUACAUCAUCUCCCGAUGAGAAAUUACCACUUGAAAAACCAAAAACUUCUGAUGAAAAAUUACCAGUUGACAAACCAAAAUCACCUAAACCUGAUAAAUUAUCUUCUGAUGAAAAACCUUCUGAAGGCAUAAAAAGACUUGAUUUAUUAGGUGAUCUUAAAGAGGAAAUAAAAAUAACUCCCAAUGACAAAUUACCACUUAAAAAACCAAAAUCACCCACACAUGAAAAAUUAACUUCUGAUGACAAAUUACCAGUUAAAAAACCUAUUUCACCUACACAUGAUAAAUUAUCUCCCGAUGACAAAUUUCCACUUGAAAAACCUAUUUCACCUUCAAAUGAUAAAUUAUCUUCUGAUGACCAAUUACCAGUUGACAAAUCAAAAACUCCCACACAAGAUACAUUAUCUCCCGAUGACAAAUUACCACUUGAAAAAACAAUAUCACCUACACAUGAUAAAUUAUCUCCCGAUGACAAAUUACCACUUGAAAAACCGAUACAUGAUAAAUUAUCUUCUGAUGACAAAUUACCACUUGAAAAACUAAAAUCACCUACACAUGAAAAAUUAACUUCUGAUGACCAGUUACCAACACAUGAUAAAUUAUCGUCUGAUGACAUAUUACCAGUUCACAAACCAAAAACUUCCACACAAGAUACAUUAUCUCCCGAUGACAAAUUACCACUUGAAAAAUCUAUAUCACCUUCACAUGAUAAAUUAUCUUCUGAUGACAAAUUACCAGUUGAAAAACCAAAAUCACCAACACAUGAUAAAUUAUCGUCUGAUGACAUAUUACCAGUUCACAAACGAAAAACUUCCACACAAGAUGACAAAUUAAAAUUUGAAAAACCAAAAUCACCUACAUAUGAAAAAUUAUCUCCUGAUGACCAAUUACCAGUUGAAAACCCAAAAAUUUCCACUACAGAUGACAAAUUACCACUUGAAAAACCAAAAUCACCCACACAUGAAAAAUUAUCUUCUUAUGACAAAUUACGGGUUGACAAACCAAAAACUCCCACACCAGAUACAUUAUCUCCCGAUGAGAAAUUACCACUUGAAAAACCAAAAUCAACUUCACAUGAAAAAUUUACUUCUGAUGAAGAAUUACCAGUUGUAAAAUCAAAAUCACCUACACAUGAAAAAUUAUCUUCUGAUGAAAAACUUUCUGAAGGCAUAAAAAGACUUGAUAAUAAAUUAGGUGAUAUUAAAGAGGACAUGAAAAUGACUUCUGAUGACAAAUUACCGCUUGAAAAACCUAAAUCACCUAAACAUGAAAAAUUAACUUCUUAUGACAAAUUACGAGUUGACAAACCAAAAACUCCCACACCAGAUACAUUAUCUUCCGAUGAGAAAUUACCACUUGAAAAAUCAAAAUCACCUUCACAGGAAAAAUUAUCUUCUAAUGACAAACUACCAGUCGAAAAACCAAAAUCAACUACACAUGAAAAAAUACUUUCUGAUGACCAAUUACCAGUUGACAAAUCGGAAUCUCCCACACAAGAUAAAUUAUCUCCCGUUGACAAAUCACCACUUGAAAAACCAAAAUCACCAACACAUGAUAAAUUAUCGUUUGAUGACAUAUUACCAGUUCACAAACCAAAAACUUCCACACAAGAUACAUUAUCUCCCGAUGACAAAUUAACUUCUAAAGAUAAAUUACCAGUUGACAAAUCAAAAACUUCCACACAAGAUACAUUAUCUCUCGAUGACAAAUUAACUUCUGAUGAUAAAUUAUCUCCCGAUGACAAAUUACCACUUGAAAAACCAAAAUCACCAACACAUGAAAAAAUAUCUCCCGAUGACAUAUUACCACUUGAAAAACCAAUAUCAGAUACACAUGAUAAAUUAUCUCCCGAUGACAAAUUACCACUUGAAAAAUCUAUAUCACCUUCACAUGAUAAAUUAUCUUCUGAUGACAAAUUACCAGUUGAAAAACCAAAAUCACCAACACAUGAUAAAUUAUCGUCUGAUGACAUAUUACCAGUUCACAAACGAAAAACUUCCACACAAGAUGACAAAUUACCAAUUGAAAAACCAAAAACUUCUGAUGAAAAAUUACCAGUUGACAAACCAAAAUCACCUAAACCUGAUAAAUUAUCUUCUGAUGAAAAACCUUCUGAAGGCAUAAAAAGACUUGAUUUAUUAGGUGAUCUUAAAGAGGAAAUAAAAAUAACUCCCAAUGACAAAUUACCACUUAAAAAACCAAAAUCACCCACACAUGAAAAAUUAACUUCUGAUGACAAAUUACCAGUUAAAAAACCUAUUUCACCUACACAUGAUAAAUUAUCUCCCGAUGACAAAUUUCCACUUGAAAAACCUAUUUCACCUUCAAAUGAUAAAUUAUCUUCUGAUGACCAAUUACCAGUUGACAAAUCAAAAACUCCCACACAAGAUACAUUAUCUCCCGAUGACAAAUUACCACUUGAAAAAACAAUAUCACCUACACAUGAUAAAUUAUUUCCCGAUGACAAAUUACCACUUGAAAAACCUAUACAUGAUAAAUUAUCUUCUGAUGACAAAUUACCACUUGAAAAACUAAAAUCACCUACACAUGAAAAAUUAACUUCUGAUGACCAGUUACCAACACAUGAUAAAUUAUCGUCUGAUGACAUAUUACCAGUUCACAAACCAAAAACUUCCACACAAGAUACAUUAUCUUCCGAUGACAAAUUACCACUUGAAAAAUCUAUAUCACCUUCACAUGAUAAAUUAUCUUCUGAUGACAAAUUACCAGUUGAAAAACCAAAAUCACCAACACAUGAUAAAUUAUCGUCUGAUGACAUAUUACCCGUUCACAAACGAAAAACUUCCACACAAGAUGACAAAUUAAAAUUUGAAAAACCAAAAUCACCUACAUAUGAAAAAUUAUCUCCUGAUGACCAAUUACCAGUUGAAAAACCAAAAAUUUCCACUCCAGAUGACAAAUUACCACUUAAAAAACCAAAAUCACCCACACAUGAAAAAUUAUCUUCUUAUGACAAAUUACGGGUUGACAAACCAAAAACUCCCACACCAGAUACAUUAUCUCCCGAUGAGAAAUUACCACUUGAAAAACUAAAAUCAACUUCACAUGAAAAAUUUACUUCUGAUGAAGAAUUACCAGUUGACAAACCAAAAUCAACUAAACCUGAUAAAUUAUCUUCUGAUAAAAAACCUUCUGAAGGCAUAAAAAGACUUGAUUUAUUAGGUGAUCUUAAAGAGGAAAUAAAAAUGACUCCCGAUGACAAAUUACCACUUGAAAAACCAAAAUCACCUGUACAUAAUAAAUUAUCUUUUAAUGACAAAUUACCAGUUGUAAAAUCAAAAUCACCUACACAUGAAAAAUUAUCUUCUGAUGAAAUACCUUCUGAAGGCAUAAAAAGACUUGAUAAUAAAUUAGGUGAUAUUAAAGAGGACAUGAAAAUGACUUCUGAUGACAAAUUACCGCUUAAAAAACCUAAAUCACCUAAACAUGAAAAAUUAUCUUCUUAUGACAAAUUACGAAAAUUACCACUUGAAAAAUCAAAAUCACCUUCACAGGAAAAAUUAUCUUCUAAUGACAAACUACCAGUUGAAAAACCAAAAUCAACUACACAUGAAAAAAUCCUUUCUGAUGACCAAUUACCAGUUGACAAAUCGGAAACUCCCACACAAGAUACAUUAUCUCCCGUUGACAAAUCACCACUUGAAAAACCAAAAUCACCAAUACAUGAUAAAUUAUCGUCUGAUGACAUAUUACCAGUUCACAAACCAAAAACUUCCACACAAAAUACAUUAUCUCCCGAUGACAAAUUAACUUCUGAUAAUAAAUUACCAGUUGACAAAUCAAAAACUUUCACACAAGAUACAUUAUCUCCCGAUGACAAAUUAACUUCUGAUGAUAAAUUACCAGUUGACACAUCAAAAUCACCUAAACAUGAUAAAUUAUCUCCUGAUAACAAAUUACCACUUGAAAAACCAAAAUCACCAACACAUGAAAAAAUAUCUUCCGAUGACAAAUUACCACUUGAAAAACCAAUAUUAGAUACACAUGAUAAAUUAUCUCCCGAUGACAAAUUACCACUUGAAAAAUCUAUAUCACCUUCACAUGAUAAAUUAUCUUCUGAUGACAAAUUACCAGUUGAAAAACCAAAAUCACCACCACAUGAUAAAUUAUCGUCUGAUGACAUAUUACCAGUUCACAAACGAAAAACUUCCACACAAAAUACAUUAUCUCCCGAUGACAAAUUAACUUCUGAUGAUAAAUUACCAGUUGACAAAUCAAAAACUUUCACACAAGAUACAUUAUCUCCCGAUGACAAAUUAACUUCUGAUGAUAAAUUACCAGUUGACACAUCAAAAUCACCUAAACAUGAUAAAUUAUCUCCCGAUGACAAAUUACCACUUGAAAAACCAAAAUCACCAACACAUGAAAAAAUAUCUUCCGAUGACAAAUUACCACUUGAAAAACCAAUAUUAGAUACACAUGAUAAAUUAUCUCCCGAUGACAAAUUACCACUUGAAAAAUCUAUAUCACCUUCUCAUGAUAAAUUAUCUUCUGAUGACAAAUUACCAGUUGAAAAACCAAAAUCACCAACACAUCAUAAAUUAUCGUCUGAUGACAUAUUACCAGUUCACAAACGAAAAACUUCCACACAAGAUGACAAAUUAAAACUUGAAAAACCAAAAUCACGUAAAUAUGAAAAAUUAUCUCCUGAUGACCAAUUACUAGUUGAAAAACCAAAAAUUUCCACUCAAGAUACAUUAUCUUCAGAUGACAAAUUACCACUUAAAAAACCAAAAUCACACACACAUGAAAAAUUAUCUUCUUAUGACAAAUUACGGGUUGACAAACCAAAAACCCCCACACCAGAUACAUCAUCUCCCGAUGAGAAAUUACCACUUGAAAAACCAAAAACUUCUGAUGAAAAAUUACCAGUUGACAAACCAAAAUCACCUAAACCUGAUAAAUUAUCUUCUGAUGAAAAACCUUCUGAAGGCAUAAAAAGACUUGAUUUAUUAGGUGAUCUUAAAGAGGAUAUAAAAAUAACUCCCAAUGACAAAUUACCACUUAAAAAACCAAAAUCACCCACACAUGAAAAAUUAACUUCUGAUGACAAAUUACCAGUUGAAAAACCUAUUUCACCUACACAUGAUAAAUUAUCUCCCGAUGACAAAUUUCCACUUGAAAAACCUAUUUCACCUUCACAUGAUAAAUUAUCUUCUGAUGACCAAUUACCAGUUGACAAAUCAAAAACUCCCACACAAGAUACAUUAUCUCCCGAUGACAAAUUACCACUUGAAAAAACAAUAUCACCUACACAUGAUAAAUUAUCUCCCGAUGACAAAUUACCACUUAAAAAAACAAUAUCACCUACACAUGAUAAAUUAUCUCCCGAUGACAAAUUACCACUUGAAAAACCUAUACAUGAUAAAUUAUCUUCUGAUGACAAAUUACCACUUGAAAAACUAAAAUCACCUACACAUGAAAAAUUAACUUCUGAUGACCAGUUACCAACACAUUAUAAAUUAUCGUCUGAUGACAUAUUACCAGUUCACAAACCAAAAACUUUCACACAAGAUACAUUAUCUCCCGAUGUUAAAUUACCACUUGAAAAAUUUAUAUCACCUUCACAUGAUAAAUUAUCGUCUGAUGACAUAUUACCAGUUCACAAACGAAAAACUUCCACACAAGAUGACAAAUUAAAAUUUGAAAAACCAAAAUCACCUACAUAUGAAAAAUUAUCUCCUGAUGACCAAUUACCAGUUGACAAACCAAAAACUCCCACACCAGAUACAUUAUCUCCCGAUGAAAAAUUACCACUUGAAAAACUAAAAUCAACUUCACAUGAAAAAUUUACUUCUGAUGAAGAAUUACCAGUUGACAAACCAAAAUCAACUAAACCUGAUAAAUUAUCUUCUGAUAAAAAACCUUCUAAAGGCAUAAAAAGACUUGAUUUAUUAGGUGAUCUUAAAGAGGAAAUAAAAAUGACUCCCGAUGACAAAUUACCACUUGAAAAACCAAAAUCACCUGUACAUAAUAAAUUAUUUUUUAAUGACAAAUUACCAGUUGUAAAAUCAAAAUCACCUACACAUGAAAAAUUAUCUUCUGAUGAAAUACCUUCUGAAGGCAUAAAAAGACUUGAUAAUAAAUUAGGUGAUAUUAAAGAGGACAUGAAAAUGACUUCUGAUGACAAAUUACCGCUUGAAAAACCUAAAUCACCUAAACAUGAAAAAUUAUCUUCUUAUGACAAAUUACGAGUUGACAAACCAAAAACUCCCACACCAGAUACAUUAUCUUCCGAUGAGAAAUUACCACUUGAAAAAUCAAAAUCACCUUCACAGGAAAAAUUAUCUUCUAAUGACAAACUACCAGUUGAAAAACCAAAAUCAACUACACAUGAAAAAAUACUUUCUGAUGACCAAUUACCAGUUGACAAAUCGGAAACUCCCACACAAGAUACAUUAUCUCCCGAUGACAAAUUACCACUUGAAAAAUCUAUAUCAGCUUCACAUGAUAAAUUAUCUUCUGAUGACAAAUUACCAGUUGAAAAACCAAAAUCAACUACACAUGAAAAAAUACUUUCUGAUGACCAAUUACCAGUUAACAAAUCGGAAACUUCCACACAAGAUACAUUAUCUCCCGUUGACAAAUCACCACUUGAAAAACCAAAAUCACCAACACAUGAUAAAUUAUCGUCUAAUGACAUAUUACCAGUUCACAAACCAAAAACUUCCACACAAGAUACAUUAUCUCCAAAUGACAAAUUACCACUUAAAAAAUCUAUAUCAGCUUCACAUGAUAAAUUAUCUUCUGAUGACAAAUUACCACUUGAAAAACCAAAAACUCCCACACCAGAUACAUUAUCUUCCGAUAAGAAAUUACCACUUGAAAAAUCAAAAUCACCUUCACAGGAAAAAUUAUCUUCUAAUGACAAACUACCAGUUGAAAAACCAAAAUCAACUACACAUGAAAAAAUACUUUCUGAUGACCAAUUACCAGUUAACAAAUCGGAAACUCCCACACAAGAUACAUUAUCUCCCGUUGACAAAUCACCACUUGAAAAACCAAAAUCACCAACACAUGAUAAAUUAUCGUCUGAUGACAUAUUACCAGUUCACAAACCAAAAACUUCCACACAAGAUACAUUAUCUCCAAAUGACAAAUUACCACUUGAAAAAUUUAUAUCAGCUUCACAUGAUAAAUUAUCUUCUGAUGACAAAUUACCACUUGAAAAACCAAAAUCACACACACAUGAAAAAUUAUCUUCUUAUUACAAAUUACGGGUUGACAAACCAAAAACUCCCACACCAGAUACAUCAUCUCCCGAUGAGAAAUUACCACUUGAAAAACCAAAAACUUUUGAUGAAAAAUUACCAGUUGACAAACCAAAAUCACCAACACAUGAUAAAUUUUCGUCUGAUAACAUAUUACCAGUUCACAAACCAAAAACUUCCACACAAGAUACAUUAUCUCCCGAUGACAAAUUAACUUCUUAUGAUAAAUUACCAGUUGACACAUCAAAAUCACCUAAACAUGAUAAAUUAUCUCCCGAUGACAAAUUACCACUUGAAAAACCAAAAUCACCAACACAUGAAAAAAUAUCUCCCGAUGACAAAUUACCACUUGAAAAACCAAUAUCAGAUACACAUGAUAAAUUAUCUUCCGAUGACAAAUUACCACUUGAAAAAUCUAUAUCACCUUCACAUGAUAAAUUAUCUUCUGAUGACAAAUUAGCAGUUGAAAAACCAAAAUCACCAACACAUGAUAAAUUAUCGUCUGAUGACAUAUUACCAGUUCACAAACGAAAAACUUCCCUACAAGAUGACAAAUUAAAACUUGAAAACCCAAAAUUACCUACAUAUGAAAAAUUAUCUCCUGAUAACCAAUUACUAGUUGAAAAACCAAAAAUUUCCACUCAAGAUACAUUAUCUUCAGAUGACAAAUUACCACUUGAAAAACCAAAAUCACACACACAUGAAAAAUUAUCUUCUUAUGACAAAUUACGGGUUGACAAACCAAAAACUCCCACACCAGAUACAUCAUCUCCCGAUGAGAAAUUACCACUUGAAAAACCAAAAACUUCUAAAGAAAAAUUACCAGUUGACAAACCAAAAUCACCUAAACCUGAUAAAUUAUCUUCUGAUGAAAAACCUUCUGAAGGCAUAAAAAGACUUGAUUUAUUAGGUGAUCUUAAAGAGGAAAUAAAAAUAACUCCCAAUGACAAAUUACCACUUAAAAAACCAAAAUCACCCACACAUGAAAAAUUAACUUCUGAUGACAAAUUACCAGUUGAAAAACCUAUUUCACCGACACAUGAUAAAUUAUCUCCCGAUGACAAAUUUCCACUUGAAAAAACUAUUUCACCUUCACAUGAUAAAUUAUCUUCUGAUGACCAAUUACCAGUUGACAAAUCAAAAACUCCCAUACAAGAUACAUUAUCUCCCGAUGACAAAUUACCACUUGAAAAAACAAUAUCACCUACACAUGAUAAAUUAUCUCCCGAUGACAAAUUACCACUUGAAAAAACAAUAUCACCUACACAUGAUAAAUUAUCUCCCGAUGACAAAUUACCACUUGAAAAACCUAUACAUGAUAAAUUAUCUUCUGAUGACAAAUUACCACUUGAAAAACUAAAAUCACCUACACAUGAAAAAUUAACUUCUGAUGACCAGUUACCAACACAUGAUAAAUUAUCGUCUGAUGACAUAUUACCAGUUGAAAAACCAAAAACUUCCACACAAGAUACAUUAUCUCCCGAUGACAAAUUAACUUCUGAUGAUAAAUUACCAGUUGACAAAUCAAAAACUUCCACACAAGAAACAUUAUCUCCCGAUGACAAAUUAACUUCUGAUGAUAAAUUACCAGUUGACACAUCAAAAUCACCUAAACAUGAUAAAUUAUCUCCCGAUGACAAAAUACCACUUGAAAAACCAAAAUCACCAACACAUGAAAAAAUAUCUCCCGAUGACAAAUUACCACUUGAAAAACCAAUAUCAGAGACACAUGAUAAAUUAUCUCCCGACGACAAAUUACCACUUGAAAAAUCUAUAUCACCUUCACAUGAUAAAUUAUCUUCUGAUGACAAAUUACCAGUUGAAAAACCAAAAUCACCAACACAUGAUGAAUUAUCGUCUGAUGACAUAUUACCAGUUCACAAACGAAAAACUUCCACACAGGAUGACAAAUUAAAACUUGAAAAACCAAAAUCACCUACAUAUGAAAAAUUAUCUCCUGAUGACCAAUUACUAGUUGAAAAACCAAAAAUUUCCACUCAAGAUACAUUAUCUUCAGAUGACAAAUUACCACUUGAAAAACCAAAAUCACACACACAUAAAAAAUUAUCUUCUUAUGACAAAUUACGGGUUGACAAACCAAAAACUCCCACACCAGAUACAUCAUCUCUCGAUGAGAAAUUACCACUUGAAAAACCAAAAACUUCUGAUGAAAAAUUACCAGUUGACAAACCAAAAUCACCUAAACCUGAUAAAUUAUCUUCUGAUGAAAAACCUUCUGAAGGCAUAAAAAGACUUGAUUUAUUAGGUGAUCUUAAAGAGGAAAUAAAAAUAACUCCCAAUGACAAAUUACCACUUAAAAAACCAAAAUCACCCACACAUGAAAAAUUAACUUCUGAUGACAAAUUACCAGUUGAAAAACCUAUUUCACCUACACAUGAUAAAUUAUCUCCCGAUGACAAAUUUCUACUUGAAAAACCUAUUUCACCUUCACAUGAUAAAUUAUCUUCUGAUGACCAAUUACCAGUUGACAAAUCAAAAACUCCCACACAUGAUAAAGUAUCUCCCGAUGACAAAUUACCACUUGAAAAAACAAUAUCACCUACACAUGAUAAAUUAUCUCCCGAUGACAAAUUACCCCUUGAAAAACCUAUACAUGAUAAAUUAUCUUCUGAUGACAAAUUACCACUUGAAAAACUAAAAUCACCUACACAUGAAAAAUUAACUUCUGAUGACCAGUUACCAACACAUGAUAAAUUAUCGUCUGAUGACAUAUUACCAGUUCACAAACCAAAAACUUCCACACAAGAUACAUUAUCUCCCGAUGACAAAUUACCACUUAAAAAAUCUAUAUCACCUUCACAUGAUAAAUUAUCUUCUGAUGACAAAUUACCAGUUGAAAAACCAAAAUCACCAAAACAUUAUAAAUUAUCCUUUGAUGACAUAUUACCAGUUCACAAACGAAAAACUUUCACACAAGAUGACAAAUUAAAAUUUGAAAAACCAAAAUCACCUACAUAUGAAAAAUUAUCUCCUGAUGACCAAUUACCAGUUGAAAAACCAAAAAUUUCCACUCCAGAUGACAAAUUACCACUUGAAAAACCAAAAUCACCCACACAUGAAAAAUUAUCUUCUUAUGACAAAUUACGGGUUGACAAACCAAAAACUCCAACACCAGGUACAUUACCUCCCGAUGAGAAAUUACCACUUGAAAAACCAAAAUCAACUUCACAUGAAAAAUUUAUUUCUGAUGAAGAAUUACCAGUUGACAAACCAAAAUCACCUAAACCUGAUAAAUUAUCUUCUGAUAAAAAACCUUCUGAAGGCAUAAAAAGACUUGAUUUAUUAGGUGAUCUUAAAGAGGAAAUAAAAAUGACUCCAGAUGACAAAUUACCACUUGAAAAACCAAAAUCACCUGUACAUAAUAAAUUAUCUUUUAAUGACAAAUUACCAGUUGUAAAAUCAAAAUCACCUACACAUGAAAAACUAACUUUUGAUGACAAAUUACCACCUGAAAAACCAACUUCACCUACACAUGAUAAAUUAUGUUCUGAUGAAAAACCUUCUGAAGGCAUAAAAAGACUUGAUAAUAAAUUAGGUGAUCUUAAAGAGGACAUGAAAAUGACUUCUGAUGACAAAUUACCACUUGAAAACCCUAAAUCACCUAAACAUGAAAAAUUAUCUUCUUAUGACAAAUUACGAGUUGACAAAACAAAAACUCCUACACCAGAUACAUUAUCUUCCGAUGAGAAAUUACCACUUGAAAAAUCAAAAUCACCUUCACAGGAAAAAUUAUCUUUUAAUGACAAACUACCAGUUGAAAAACCAAAAUCAACUACACAUGAAAAAAUACCUUCUGAUGACCAAUUACCAGUUGACAAAUCGGAAACUCCCACACAAGAUACAUUAUCUCCCGAUCACAAAUUAACUUCUGAUGAUAAAUUACCAGUUGACACAUCAAAAUUACCUAAACAUGAUAAAUUAUCUCCCGAUGACAAAUUACCACUCAAAAACCCAAUAUCAGCUACACAUGAUAAAAUAUCUCCAGAUGACAAAUUACCACUUGAAAAAUCUAUAUCACCUUCACAUGAUAAAUUAUCUUCUGAAGACAAAUUACCAGUUGAAAAACCAAAAUCACCAACACAUGAUAAAUUAUCGUCUGAUGACAUAUUACCAGUUCACAAACGAAAAACUUCCACACAAGAUGACAAAUUAAAACUUGAAAAACCAAAAUCACUUACACAUGAAAAAUUAUCUCCUGAUGACCAAUUACCAGUUGAAAAACCAAAUAUUUCCACUCAAGAUACAUUAUCUCCAGAUGACAAAUUACCACUUGAAAAACCAAAAUCACCCACACAUGAAAAAUUAUAUUCUUAUGAGAAAUUACGGGUUGACAAACCAAAAACUCCCACACCAGAUACAUUAUCUCCCGAUGAGAAAUUACCACUUGAAAAACCAAAAUCAACUUCACAUGAAAAAUUUACUUCUGAUGAAAAAUUACCAGUUGACAAACCAAAAUCACCUAAACCGGAUAAAUUAUCUUCUGAUGAACAACCUUCUGAAGGCAUAAAAAGACGUGAUUUAUUAGGUGAUCUUAAAGAGGAAAUAAAAAUGACUCCUAAUGACAAAUUACCACUUAAAAAACCAAAAUCACCCACACAUGAAAAAUUAACUUCUGAUGACAAAUUACCAGUUGAAAAACCUAUAUUAUCUACACAUGAUAAAUUAUCUCCCGAUGACAAAUUUCCACUUGAAAAACCUAUUUCACCUUCACAUGAUAAAUUAUCUUCUGAUGACAAAUUACCAGUUGAAAAACCAAAAACUACCACACCAGAUACCUUAUCUCCCGAUGAAAAAUUACCACUUGAAAAACCAAAAUCACCUUCACAGGAAAAAUUAUCUUCUGAUGACAAAUUACGAAUUGACAAACCAAAAAAAGGCAUAAAAAGACUUAAUGAAAUAUUGGGUGAUCUUAAAGAGGACAUAAAAAUGACUUCUAAUGACAAAUUACAACUUGAAAAAUUAAAAUCACCAACACAUGAAAAAUUAACUUCUGAUGACAAAUUACCAGUUGACAAAUCAAAAUCACCUAAACAUGAUAAAUUAUCUCCCGAUGACAAAUUACCACUUGAAAAACCAAUAUCACCUACACAUGAUAAAUUAUCUUCCGAUGAUGAAUUACCACUUCAAAAACCAAUAUCACUUAGACAUGAUAAAUUAUCUCCCGAUGACAAAUUACCACUUGAAAAACCAAUAUCACCUUCAAAUGAUAAAUUAUCUCCCGAUGACAAAUUACCAAGAUCACCUACACAUGAAAAAUUAUCUUUUGAUGACCAAUUACGAGUUGACAAAUCAAAAACUCCCACACAAGAUACAUUAUCUCCCGAUGACAAAUUACCACUUGAAAAACCAAAAUCACCUACACAUGAUAAAUUAACUUCUGAUGGCAAAUUACGAGUUGACAAAUCAAAAUCACCUAAACAUGAUAAAUUAUCUUCCGAUGACAAAUUACCACUUGAAAAACCAAUAUCACCUACACAUUAUAAAUUAUCUCUCGAUGACAAAUUACCACUUGAAAAACCAAUAUCACCUUCAAAUGAUAAAUUAUCUUCCGAUGACAAAUUACAAAGAUCACCUACACAUGAAAAAUUAUCUUUUGAUGACCAAUUACCAGUUGACAAAUCAAAAACUCCCACACAAGAUACAUUAUCUCCCGAUGACAAAUUACCACUUGAAAAACCAAAAUCACCUACACAUGAUAAAUUAUCUUCUAAUAAAAAACCUUCUGAAGGCAUCAAAAGACUUGAUGAUAAAUUGGGUGACCUUAAAGAGAACAUGAAAAUGACUCCUGAUGAAAAAUUACCACUUGAAAAACCAAUAUCACCUACACAUGAUAAAUUAUCUCCCGAUGACAAAUUACCACUUGAAAAACCCAUAUCACCUACACAUGACAAAUUAUCUUUUGAUGAAAAACCUUCUGAAGGCAUAAAAAGACUUAAUGAUAUAUUAGGUUAUCUUAAAGAGGACAUAAAAAUGACUCCUAAUGACAAAUUACCACUUGAAAAACCAAAAUCACCAACACAUGAAAAAAUAUCUUUUGAUGACCAAUUACCAGUUGAAAAACCCAUAUCACCUACACAUGAUAAAUUAUCUUCUGAUGAAAAACCUUCCGAAGGCAUAAAAAGACUUGAUGAUAUAUUAGAGAAAUUACCACUUGAAAAACCAAAAUCACCAACACAAGAUACAUUAUCUACCGAUGACAAAUUACCACUUGAAAAACCAAAAUCACCUACACAUGAAAAAUUUUCUUCUGAUGACAAAUUACGAAUUGACAAACCAAAAUCUCCCACACAAGAAAAAUUACCUCCCGACGACAAAUUACCACUUAAAAAACCAAAAUCACCUACACAAGAUACAUUAUCUACCGAUGACAAAUUACCACUUGAAAAACCAAAAUCUCCUACACAGGAAAAAUUUUCUUCUGAUGACAAAUUACGAAUUGACAAACCAAAAACCCCCACACAAGAUACAUUUUAUCUUAAAGAGGACAUGAAAAUGACUUCUGAUGAAAAAUUACCACUUGAAAAACCAAAAUCACAUACACAUGAAAAAUUAACUUUUGAUGAAAAAUUACCAGAUGACAAAUCAAAAUCACCUAAACAUGAUAAAUUAUCUCCCGAUGACAAAUUACCACUUGAAAAACCAAUAUCACCUACACAUGAAAAGAUACCUUCUGAUGACCAAUUACCAGUUGACAAAUCAAAAACUCCCACACCAGAUACAUUAUCUUCCGAUGACAAAUUACCACUUGAAAAACCAAAAUCACCUACACAUGAAAAAUUUUCUUCUGAUGACAAAUUACGAAUUAACAAACCAAAAACUCCCACACAAGAAAAAUUACCUCCCGACGACAAAUUACCACUUAAAAAACCAAAAUCACCUACUCAAGAUACAUUAUCUUCCGAUGACAAAUUACCACUUGAAAAACCUAUAUCACCUACACAUAAUAAAUUAUCUUUUAAUGAAAAACCUUUUGAUGAUAUAUUAGGUGAUCUUAAAGAGGAUAUAAAAAUGACUCCUGAUGACAAAUUACCACUUGAAAAACCAAAAUCACCAACACAUGAAAAGAUACCUUCUGAUGACCAAUUACCAGUUGAGAAAUCAAAAACUCCCACACAAGAUACAUUAUCUCCCGAUGACAAAUUACAACUUGAAAAACCGAAAUCACCUACACAUGAUAAAUUGUCUUCUGAUGACAAAUUCUCAGUUGAUAAACCAAAAACUCCCACACAAGAUACAUUUUCUCCCGACGACAAAUUACCACUUAAAAAACCAAAAUCACCUACACAAGAUACAUUAUCUUCCGAUGACAAAUUACCACUUGAAAAACCUAUAUCACCUACACAUAAUAAAUUAUCUUUUAAUGAAAAACCUUUUGAUGAUAUAUUAGGUGAUCUUAAAGAGGAUAUAAAAAUGACUCCUGAUGACAAAUUACCACUUGAAAAACCAAAAUCACCAACACAUGAAAAGAUACCUUCUGAUGACCAAUUACCAGUUGAGAAAUCAAAAACUCCCACACAAGAUACAUUAUCUCCCGAUGACAAAUUACAACUUGAAAAACCGAAAUCACCUACACAUGAUAAAUUGUCUUCUGAUGACAAAUUCUCAGUUGAUAAACCAAAAACUCCCACACAAGAUACAUUUUCUCCCGACGACAAAUUACCACUUAAAAAACCAAAAUCACCUACACAAGAUACAUUAUCUCCCGAUGACAAAUUACAACUUGAAAAACCGAAAUCACCUACACAUGAUAAAUUGUCUUCUGAUGACAAUUUCUCAGUUGAUAAACCAAAAACUCCCACACAAGAUACAUUUUCUCCCGAUGACAAAUUACAACUUGAAAAACCAAAAUCACCUAUACAUAAUAAAUUAUCUUUUGAUGACAAAUUACCAAUUGUAAAAUCAAAAUCACCUACACAUGAAAAAUUAACUUUUGAUGACAAAUUACCACCUGAAAAACCAACUUCACCUACACAUGAUAAAUUAUGUUCUGAUGAAAAACCUUCUGAAGGCAUAAAAAGACUUGAUAAUAAAUUAGGUGAUCUUAAAGAGGACAUGAAAAUGACUUCUGAUGACAAAUUACCACUUGAAAACCCUAAAUCACCUAAACAUGAAAAAUUAUUUUCUUAUGACAAAUUACGAGUUGACAAAACAAAAACUCCUACACCAGAUACAUUAUCUUCCGAUGAGAAAUUACCACUUGAAAAAUCAAAAUCACCUUCACAGGAAAAAUUAUCUUUUAAUGACAAACUACCAGUUGAAAAACCAAAAUCAACUACACAUGAAAAAAUACCUUCUGAUGACCAAUUACCAGUUGACAAAUCGGAAACUCCCACACAAGAUACAUUAUCUCCCGAUCACAAAUUAACUUCUGAUGAUAAAUUACCAGUUGACACAUCAAAAUUACCUAAACAUGAUAAAUUAUCUCCCGAUGACAAAUUACCACUCGAAAACCCAAUAUCAGCUACACAUGAUAAAAUAUCUCCAGAUGACAAAUUACCACUUGAAAAAUCUAUAUCACCUUCACAUGAUAAAUUAUCUUCUGAAGACAAAUUACCAGUUGAAAAACCAAAAUCACCAACACAUGAUAAAUUAUCGUCUGAUGACAUAUUACCAGUUCACAAACGAAAAACUUCCACACAAGAUGACAAAUUAAAACUUGAAAAACCAAAAUCACUUACACAUGAAAAAUUAUCUCCUGAUGACCAAUUACCAGUUGAAAAACCAAAUAUUUCCACUCAAGAUACAUUAUCUCCAGAUGACAAAUUACCACUUGAAAAACCAAAAUCACCCACACAUGAAAAAUUAUAUUCUUAUGACAAAUUACGGGUUGACAAACCGAAAACUCCCACACCAGAUACAUUAUCUCCCGAUGAGAAAUUACCACUUGAAAAACCAAAAUCAACUUCACAUGAAAAAUUUACUUCUGAUGAAAAAUUACCAGUUGACAAACCAAAAUCACCUAAACCGGAUAAAUUAUCUUCUGAUGAAAAACCUUCUGAAGGCAUAAAAAGACGUGAUUUAUUAGGUGAUCUUAAAGAGGAAAUAAAAAUGACUCCUAAUGACAAAUUACCACUUAAAAAACCAAAAUCACCCACACAUGAAAAAUUAACUUCUGAUGACAAAUUACCAGUUGAAAAACCUAUAUUAUCUACACAUGAUAAAUUAUCUCCCGAUGACAAAUUUCCACUUGAAAAACCUAUUUCACCUUCACAUGAUAAAUUAUCUUCUGAUGACAAAUUACCAGUUGAAAAACCAAAAACUACCACACCAGAUACCUUAUCUCCCGAUGAAAAAUUACCACUUAAAAAACCAAAAUCACCUUCACAGGAAAAAUUAUCUUCUGAUGACAAAUUACGAAUUGACAAACCAAAAAAAGGCAUAAAAAGACUUGAUGAUAUAUUGGGUGAUCUUAAAGAGGACAUAAAAAUGACUUCUAAUGACAAAUUACAACUUGAAAAAUUAAAAUCACCAACACAUGAAAAAUUAACUUCUGAUGACAAAUUACCAGUUGACAAAUCAAAAUCACCUAAACAUGAUAAAUUAUCUCCCGAUGACAAAUUACCACUUGAAAAACCAAUAUCACCUACACAUGAUAAAUUAUCUUCCGAUGAUGAAUUACCACUUCAAAAACCAAUAUCACUUAGACAUGAUAAAUUAUCUCCCGAUGACAAAUUACCACUUGAAAAACCAAUAUCACCUUCAAAUGAUAAAUUAUCUCCCGAUGACAAAUUACCAAGAUCACCUACACAUGAAAAAUUAUCUUUUGAUGACCAAUUACGAGUUGACAAAUCAAAAACUCCCACACAAGAUACAUUAUCUCCCGAUGACAAAUUACCACUUGAAAAACCAAAAUCACCUACACAUGAUAAAUUAACUUCUGAUGGCAAAUUACGAGUUGACAAAUCAAAAUCACCUAAACAUGAUAAAUUAUCUUCCGAUGACAAAUUACCACUUGAAAAACCAAUAUCACCUACACAUUAUAAAUUAUCUCUCGAUGACAAAUUACCACUUGAAAAACCAAUAUCACCUUCAAAUGAUAAAUUAUCUCCCGAUGACAAAUUACCAAGAUCACCUACACAUGAAAAAUUAUCUUUUGAUGACCAAUUACCAGUUGACAAAUCAAAAACUCCCACACAAGAUACAUUAUCUCCCGAUGACAAAUUACCACUUGAAAAACCAAAAUCACCUACACAUGAUAAAUUAUCUUCUAAUAAAAAACCUUCUGAAGGCAUCAAAAGACUUGAUGAUAAAUUGGGUGACCUUAAAGAGGACAUGAAAAUGACUCCUGAUGAAAAAUUACCACUUGAAAAACCAAUAUCACCUACACAUGAUAAAUUAUCUCCCGAUGACAAAUUACCACUUGAAAAACCCAUAUCACCUACACAUGACAAAUUAUCUUUUGAUGAAAAACCUUCUGAAGGCAUAAAAAGACUUAAUGAUAUAUUAGGUUAUCUUAAAGAGGACAUAAAAAUGACUCCUAAUGACAAAUUACCACUUGAAAAACCAAAAUCACCAACACAUGAAAAAAUAUCUUUUGAUGACCAAUUACCAGUUGAAAAACCCAUAUCACCUACACAUGAUAAAUUAUCUUCUGAUGAAAAACCUUCCGAAUGCAUAAAAAGACUUGAUGAUAUAUUAGGUGAUCUUAAAGAGGACAUAAAAAUGACUCCUAAAGACAAAUUACCACUUGAAAAACCAAAAUCACCAACACAAGAUACAUUAUCUACCGAUGACAAAUUACCACUUGAAAAACCAAAAUCACCUACACAUGAAAAAUUUUCUUCUGAUGACAAAUUACGAAUUGACAAACCAAAAUCUCCCACACAAGAAAAAUUACCUCCCGACGACAAAUUACCACUUAAAAAACCAAAAUCACCUACACAAGAUACAUUAUCUACCGAUGACAAAUUACCACUUGAAAAACCAAAAUCUCCUACACAAGAAAAAUUUUCUUCUGAUGACAAAUUACGAAUUGACAAACCAAAAACCCCCACACAAGAUACAUUUUAUCUUAAAGAGGACAUGAAAAUGACUUCUGAUGAAAAAUUACCACUUGAAAAACCAAAAUCACAUACACAUGAAAAAUUAACUUUUGAUGAAAAAUUACCAGAUGACAAAUCAAAAUCACCUAAACAUGAUAAAUUAUCUCCCGAUGACAAAUUACCACUUGAAAAACCAAUAUCACCUACACAUGAAAAGAUACCUUCUGAUGACCAAUUACCAGUUGACAAAUCAAAAACUCCCACACCAGAUACAUUAUCUUCCGAUGACAAAUUACCACUUGAAAAACCAAAAUCACCUACACAUGAAAAAUUUUCUUCUGAUGACAAAUUACGAAUUAACAAACCAAAAACUCCCACACAAGAAAAAUUACCUCCCGACGACAAAUUACCACUUAAAAAACCAAAAUCACCUACACAAGAUACAUUAUCUUCCGAUGACAAAUUACCACUUGAAAAACCUAUAUCACCUACACAUAAUAAAUUAUCUUUUAAUGAAAAACCUUUUGAUGAUAUAUUAGGUGAUCUUAAAGAGGAUAUAAAAAUGACUCCUGAUGACAAAUUACCACUUGAAAAACCAAAAUCACCAACACAUGAAAAGAUACCUUCUGAUGACCAAUUACCAGUUGAGAAAUCAAAAACUCCCACACAAGAUACAUUAUCUCCCGAUGACAAAUUACAACUUGAAAAACCGAAAUCACCUACACAUGAUAAAUUGUCUUCUGAUGACAAAUUCUCAGUUGAUAAACCAAAAACUCCCACACAAGAUACAUUUUCUCCCGACGACAAAUUACCACUUAAAAAACCAAAAUCACCUACACAAGAUACAUUAUCUUCCGAUGACAAAUUACCACUUGAAAAACCUAUAUCACCUACACAUAAUAAAUUAUCUUUUAAUGAAAAACCUUUUGAUGAUAUAUUAGGUGAUCUUAAAGAGGAUAUAAAAAUGACUCCUGAUGACAAAUUACCACUUGAAAAACCAAAAUCACCAACACAUGAAAAGAUACCUUCUGAUGACCAAUUACCAGUUGACAAAUCAAAAACUCCCACACAAGAUACAUUUUCUCCCGAUGACAAAUUACAACUUGAAAAACCGAAAUCACCUACACAUGAUAAAUUGUCUUCUGAUGACAAAUUCUCAGUUGAUAAACCAAAAACUCCCACACAAGAUACAUUUUCUCCCGAUGACAAAUUACAACUUGAAAAACCAAAAUCACCUACACAUGAUAAAUUAACUUCUAAUGACAAAUUACCAGUUGAUAAACUAAAAUCACCUAAACAUGAUAAAUUAUCUUUUGAUUACAAAUUACCAGUUGAAAAACCAAAAUUACCAACACAUGAUAAAUUAUCUUCUGAUGACAAAUUCCCAGUUGACAAACCAAAAACUCCCACACAAGAUACAUUAUCUUCCGAUGACAAAUUACAACUUGAAAAACCAAAAUCAUCUUCACAUGAGAAAUUAUCAUCCGAUGACAAAUUACCACUAAAAAAACCAAAAUCACCUACACAUGAAAAAUUAUUUUCUGAUGACAAAUUACCACUUGACAAACCAAAAUCACCUAAACAUGAUAAAUUAUCUCCAGAUGACAAAUUACCACUGGAAAAACCAAAAUCAUUUACACAUGAUAAAUUUUCAUCCGAUGGCAAAUUACCACUUAAAAAAACAACAUCACCUUCACAUGAAAAAAUAUCUUCUGAUUACAAGUUACCAGUUGACAAACCAAAAACUCCCACACAAGAUACAUUAUCUCCCGAUGAUAAAUUACCAAUUGAAAAACCAAAAUCACCUACACAUGAUAAAUUAACUUCUGAUGACAAAUUACUAGUUGAAAAACCAAAAUCACCUACACAUGAUAAAUUAUUUUCUGAUUACAAAUUACCAGUUGACAAACCAAAAACUCCCACACAUGAUACAUUACCUCCCGAUGAUAAAUUACCAAUUGAAAAACCAAAAUCACCUACACAUGAAAAAUUAUCUUCUGAUCACAAUUUACCAAUUAAAAAACCAAAAACUCCAAUAGAAGAUACAUUAUCUCCCGAUGAAAAAUUACCACUUGAAAAACCAAAACUACCCAUACAUGAUGUUAAAUCUGACCUAAGAACAUAUACUUCUGGCGAACCUUCGUUUGAAACCAAAUCACCGAAAAGUUCAAAAGAUGUUAAAGUACAUUUUGCUGACAUGCGGGCUACUAAAAAGUUUAAUGAAAAGCCCUUAAAAAUGAUAAAAUUACCCAAAAGUCAAAAUAUUAAGAAUGAAAAAUUACCUUCCAUUGAUAAAUUAUCGGUUGUCACAACCAAAACACAUGGAGGAAAAGAUUUAUUAUUACGAGAAAGUAAAAAACCUGCCAGUUUUGUUUCAAAACAUAUAAGUUCUAAAGAAACAGUUUUUAAAAAUGAUCAGGAUAAGUCGUCUUUAUUAAACAAAAAACUUAGUUUUGAUGACAAACAUAAGAAUAAAAAAAUAAAUAUUUAUAAUACUACUUUAAAUAAAAACGAAAAAUAUUUAUUAAAUGCAAAACAACAUACUUCCUCCCUAAAUAUAAAAACACAACCUGUCCAAAGCCAAAAUAGGCAUGAAACUAACAAAGAAAGUGAUACAUUUGGAAAACGCCAUCAUUCCACAACUUACUUAGAAAAACCAAAACCACCCAUACCUAUUUCAAAACCUGAAACCAAAGUAUUUCCAAAAUUAUCCAGUGAACGUAAACAAGUAGAUAAUAAAUGUUUACCUAAAAGUAUAAAUAAAUCCAACGAAAAAGAAACUUUAUUACAUAAAUUAUAUUCUUUAAGUUCCACAACAAAAACCGUUAUCCAAAAAGAACAUACAACGUCUGAUAAAAUUUCAAAAUUAAAAAGACAUACGAAAACAUCCGUUGCAAAUAAACAAGCGUUAAAAGUUAAAGAAAGAGUAAGAAGACCUUUAAAAUUUUCAGAAACAGAUGUUGAGCCAGUUUCAUUAGAAACUGAUUCGUUCAAUAAUAUGGAAAUGCAAACAUCUGAGACUGAAUCUUACACUGACUUAAAACGUUUUCAAUCAAAAAAUAGUAAAUAUAAUUUAAAACCGGUAGAUAUAUCUAUGACCGGCGAUAUACUAGAAAUAACUGUAGAAGAUAAUGACUCUCGAUUACUUAUGCCAAUUGAUAAGGAAACUAAAAAAACUAAAUGUGAAAUUAAAUCAUCUCCUAAACGUACAUUAAAGCACAAACCUUCCAAAAUAGAAUGUGAUGCUGAUGUUAGUUCCGAAGAAGAACAUAAUUUUAACAAAUCGAUAAAAACUAAAGUUUUACGAAAAACAGCAAAAUCAUAUACCUCUCAAAAACAUACAACCAAAACAACCUUAGAAACUGAAACUACUCCAAAACAUUCGUAUCUCAAAAAAUCAGUUUAUAGUGUACCGAAACCUACUUCAAUUAUUAAAAAAUAUGAUAAAAGAGUUCAUGGAUACAUGCAAUCUACUGUAUCGAGUAGCUUAAAAAUAGACAAACCACUUACAGUUAUUUCUACAUCUGUAAAAUCUAAACAUGAGACAGAUAACAUAAAUGAAACAUUAAAAAAUAAGCCAAAUGCUGAAGAAAUUGGCGAAUUCAAAGAGAAUAUAUCUACAAGUAGUCACGCGUAUCAACGAACUACAAUUUCCUCACAACAAAAAAUUACCCAUUCCCGAGAAUCAACUCCAGUAAAAAGUAAACAAAAAGUUAACAGAAGUUAUUCUGAAAGUCCAACAGCAUCAAAAAAAGAAAGUUUUUUACUGGAUUCAAAUAAGUUUUCAAGUAUUUUAAAAUUAAGAAAUUCUCACGAUCAUGAUAGCCAUAUUAAUAAGAAUGAAAUAAUAACCCGCAUUUCUAGUCCAAAACCCAGUCCUUCCCCGACAAAAUUGCGUCGUACGUAUAUAACUGAACAUAUCAAAAAAUUUACAACUUCUUCAGAACCGUCCUAUAAAUAUAUUGACAGUGAAAAAACCGUCCAGUUUUCUGACCGUAUUCGUAGCCAAUCCGUGAUUCCAACAACAUAUCAGGAAUUGGUUUAUGAGGGACGUAAAAGCGCAAGCCCAACAUCUUUACCAGGAAGUCCUAUAAGGGUACGAUCUGCAAACGGUGGAGCCAAAGUUAUUACUUCAGAAGUUUUUACAAGAACCCGAAAUUAUGGUGGAUCUAUAGAAGUAAUAUACCGACAACCAUUUGAAAAUAUUAGAAGAGUCGCAUCCAUACUAAAAAAUGAAACCGAACUGUCACUAAUUGAUACAACAGACUCCAGUCUUUCGGAAUCAGUUGCAUUACCUAGUUCUCCAUCAGAUCAUGAUGUUAGUUCUGAAACUAAAUUUAAGAGUCCUUCUCCUAGGCAAAGAAAGUCCUUUGAUUAUUUACAGGAUACUACACACCGGGUAUCAGAUUUAAUUGCUUGUACUGAUGUAGAUGUUACUAUUGCCCAGGAAAUUUCCAGUAUUUCCAUACCAAGACAACUUGUUAUGUCUCAAUAUCAAGAAAUGGAAGAAACAUCUACAAAUCUUGUCGAAAGUCAGUCUAGCUUAAAAGAGAGCGAAGUAGAAUCACAUUCGGUAUUUUCCUUGGAAGAACGACUUUCUCCUAUACUAGAUAUUCAACUUGUAUCUCCACAAAGAAGAAAGUAUCAGUUCGACUAUGAAGAAAAAGAAGAGGGCGUUACCAUAUCAGGUAACACUACUACAUCUGUGUUGACUGAUACAAAAGCGAUGUCAUCCCACAGCAUGGCUUUCCGAAUAGAAACACGUAAAGAGGUACAACCCAAAUAA